AUGUUCACAGGUCUCGUUGAAACAAUUGGCACCGUCACGGCCCUAGAGCCCCUCGAUACCUCGUCGAGCGGGGGUGGGGGUACGUCGCUCACCAUCUCCGACUGUGAGGAGAUCCUCUCCGACGCGCACCUGGGCGAUAGCAUUGCCGUGAAUGGAACAUGUCUCACGGUGACAGCAUUCGACAAAACCUGGUUCAAAGUCGGCGUUGCGCCAGAGACGCUGCGCCGCACGAACCUGGGCUCAUUGGAGAAGAACUCCUACGUGAACCUUGAGCGAGCCGUCUCGGCCGAUACCAGGAUGGGUGGACACUUCGUACAGGGCCAUGUCGACACCGUUGCGGAAGUCCUCUCUGUGACGCCAGAUGGAAACUCGUUGGUGUUCCGGCUGCAGCCGCGGGACCGUGAUAUCCUGCGGUACGUCGUUGAGAAGGGUUAUGUCACCCUUGACGGUGCUAGCUUAACCGUUACCAAGGUUGUCGAUGGGCAGGAUGGAUACUGGGAAGUUAUGCUUAUUGCCUACACGCAGGAGAAGGUGGUUACUGCGUCGAAGAAGGCAGGUGACCUUGUCAAUGUUGAGAUUGAUAUUGUCGGCAAGUACGUCGAGAAGAGUGUGCAGGGAUACUUUGCUGGCACGGCCAGUGGGGAUUUCGCUAUUCUGGAGAAGAUGGUUUCUCGCAUUGUUGAUGAGAAGCUGAAGAAAUAG